AAGCGGCGGCGCCUCGUGGUUCCGGCGGAGGCGGUCGGAGCCACCGGGGCCCGUUCCUGUUCCCGGCUCCAUUCGCGCUCCGCCCCGCUUCCCUGCCCCAGCUCCCUUCCCAUUCCCCUUCUCGCUCCCAUUCUCGGUCCUAUUCCCGGCUCCAUUUCCGUUCCGACCUCCUUUCGGGAGCCAGCUACGUUCCCAUUCCCGUUCUCGGCCCCAUUCUUGAUUCAGCCCGGCUCCAUUCCCGGCUCCAUUCCCGGCCCCGCCCGCGUUCCCGUUCCUGCCAUGGCGGUCCGCGCCAGCUUCGAGAACAACAACGAGCUGGGCUGUUUCGCCAAGCUCACCAACGCCUACUGCCUCGUGGCCAUCGGCGGCUCCGAGAACUUCUACAGUGUGUUCGAGGGGGAGCUCUUCGGGACCAUCCCGGUGGUUCACGCCUCCAUCGCCGGCUGCCGCAUCAUCGGCAGGAUGUGUGUGGGGAACAGACACGGGCUGCUGGUCCCGAGCAGCACGACAGACCAAGAGCUGCAGCACAUCCGCAACAGCCUCCCGGAUUCCGUGCGCAUCCAGCGGGUGGAGGAGCGGCUCUCGGCUCUGGGCAACGUCACCACCUGCAAUGACUACGUGGCUCUGGUGCACCCAGAUCUGGACAGGGAGACAGAAGAGAUCUUGGCAGAUGUGCUGAAGGUGGAGGUUUUCAGACAAACAGUAGCAGACCAGGUGCUGGUAGGAAGUUACUGUGUGUUUAGUAACCAAGGAGGAAUCGUGCACCCCAAAACUUCCAUCGAUGACCAGGAUGAACUGUCUUCUUUGCUGCAGGUCCCACUCGUGGCAGGGACAGUGAACCGUGGCAGCGAGGUGAUUGCAGCGGGCAUGGUGGUCAAUGACUGGUGUGCYUUCUGUGGGCUGGACACCACCAGCACCGAGCUGUCUGUCAUCGAGAGCAUCUUCCGGCUCAACGAGGCUCAGCCGAGCACCAUCGCCACCAACAUGAGGGAUUCCCUGAUUGACAGCUUGACAUGAGCAGUGUUGGUUCCUGCUUCCCAGAAAGCUCCUAAGGAGUGAAGUGUUGAGCUGCACUAUGGAUCACAGACAUCCAGACCUCCUGAUGGUGUUUCUGCAGGCCUGACCCAAGGGAGAGGCUACAAAACAAACUUUCUGUCAUGUUUUGUAAAAACUGUUAUCACAAAAACUGACAAAUAACAUGUGUAAGAUACAAAUAAGGAAUGCUCUCUAUCCCUUUGCUCAGUUCUUCAGCUCUSCUUUCUGGUUUUGUGAUUCCAACUGAGCCCUUCAAGUUACCCCACAAUAUUUACUCCUGUGGCUCUUGGAUGUUGAUCACUAGAGAUUAUUUUGCCUUAAGUCUUGCACCAGUGUCCUGCUGCACAGCAGUUUGUUUUGGCACUACAUGCACUGCCCUCUCUUUCCACACUGCUGCUUGAGUGGUGUUUCUGCUCUAGGUACACAUAAGACCCCUUUGUAUGUCCAGUACCAAAAAUACAGUAGUUUACUUGCCACAAAAUAAUUCAAAAGUCAUCCCUUGCUCUUUUGCCCUGACUUGUAGCUGUUCCCAGGGGAUGGUGAUUCUGAAGUAAUCAGCUUGGAUGAAAUUAGUUGGAUGAAAAUUAGUUUUUCAGUCAAGCCAAGGGCUUUUAACAACAACAGUGUGGGAAUCCCUGGAGCAAUGUUUGGGUCUGAUGUCAUCUGUGCUGCUUCCUCCAAGAGAGAGCCCAAAAAUCAGAUUGUUGCCAGUGGGCUUAAUUUGUGCUUCAGUAGUUCACCUGCAAUGGGAAACCCUUAGAAUUCAGCAAAUCCCAAUGGAGUUGAAUCACCUCAUGUGGAGUUACCUUGGAGACAAAGGUUAAGUAACACGGUUCUAAGCAAUCUCUUCAAGUCAUCAGAGGGUACAGAUUUGGGAGCUUCCUCGUGAAGGGCUGUGCCUGCAGGACAGGCAGCUGUAGRUGCUGCUGUUGGGCAGAAGACAGUAAUUUCCUGCACAGAUGUUGCUCAGUGAUACCUCAUUUCAGUUGCUUUCCUGCUUGCCCAUUCAGGGUGCACUGAAGGCACAGAAGUGCCUCCAUUUCCCAUCCUGAGGGUAAGAGGAAGCUCUCACUUGUCUCCACACAGCUGCCUUGCUCUCAGCUGGGUUCUCCUGAGGAAUGAUGACCUGAGGGCUGUGUGGGCACAGCUCUUUUCACCUGUGUGCUUUGGGCUUUGUAGAAAAUUAAUUAAAUUCCCAUUUUUGUUUUAC